AUGGCGUCCUUUGGAGCUUCACAGUUGAAAACCCUUCUAACAUGUGGUUGGGCUUUGACCGAAAAUAAACAACAUAUCAUCGAUUCUACUAGUCAUGUGUUUUCCGAUUACAAAAAGAGAUGGACAGCUCUUCGCGACAAUUUUCGAAAAUGUCUAAAAGCCAGAAAAACUACGAGUGGUCAAGCAAAUAUACCAACAAAAAAGUGGAAAUAUGAAGACAUAAUGUCUUUCAUGAUCCCUUUUUAUGCAGAAAGGACACAAAAAUCAAAUCUUGAAGAAAGCGAAGUACAAGAACAACCUCGUGAACAACGUUUGAAUAUUUCUGAUGAUGAAGUUGAUGCUGAUAUCACGAAUGACAAUGACAAUGCGAUGAAUGACUUCCGUCGACCCCCUCCGCCAACAAUAAUACUAUUCAUUCACAAGUCUACCCCAAUGGCGAAAGUGUUAACCAAUUAUUUUGAAGAAAAGCAAGCCUCAACAGUAAGCAAACAGAGGGAUCAUUUACAAAAAUUUUUUGAUGCCAUGCAAGAAACAGUUAGGACAUUUUCACCACGCCUUCAGAUCGAAAUUAAAUCCAAAAUAUCGAACAUGGUUUCAGAAUAUGAACUAAAGGACCUUAUGAGUAAGGAACUUCCCAAUAUGCCCCCAAAUGGAGUCCGGCAUUCAUCCACUAGAUCAGAAUCAGCUGGUUCUCCUCUGCUUAGUCCAGGAUCAGAAACUUAUCCAAUACAGUGGCAAGUUCAGAUGAGUGAUCCGCCAUAUUCAUCUUCUAAUCAGUCGCCUUCUUCACGUUCUCCUAUUGUAAUUGAAGUAUCUGAAAAUUGUAACUCAUUCCAGAUGCAAGAUCAGUCAAGUUCCAGAAAUGAAAAUUAUACAAUCCAGUGGCAAGAUCAGACGAAUGUACCUGGGUUAAAUUCAAUUGCUGCUCCAGGCUUAUAUUUCGCAAAUUCAAGGUUUCCUUCAAGGUUCACGCAGGAAAAAGAAAAAGCCAAUAAUUCAGAUAUUAAUCGCAAAAAUUAUCAGGAACUAUAA